GUUUUUAGCAAGCGCGAUAUGGAGGUGGGGACGACGGCCGCGACGACGGCCGCGGCCGACAAGUACCGCGCAUCGUUGCGCCUGAACGCGGAGACGGUGGCCAUCUCGCGCGACGUUGCGUCGGCGCUCGUGAUGCAGUCGGAGCAACUGGACCAGACCGAGACGGCGCUGGACGUGACGCAGCAAGUCGUCGGGCAAGCCAACUACGUCGUGCGCGGCAUGUCCUGGUCGGGCUGGCUCGCCAACAAGUUUUCAAGAGAGCCCACGGUGGUGCUGCCGCAUGCGUCGGCGCCGUCCAAAGAGAUCGCAAUGGGCUUCAUCUGCCCCGAGUGCCGCGUCGCGCAGGUGUCGCAGCGCGCGCUCAUGGAGCACUACGAGUCGGCGCACGCCUCGCCGCCCGCUACGGCGUUCUUGCCGUCAAAUGGCAGUGGUGAGGACCAAGGAGACGUCUACGCCUCGGACAAUGGCCUCACGAAGGAGCAGGCCGCGUACCUUGCGGCGCUGGGGCCGCAGCUCCUCGAACUCAAGCACGCGUCCAAAGGAAUUUCCAACCACCUCGAUAUGCAGCUGGCGCAGCUCGACCGCAUCGAGGCCAAGUCGGAGAAAACAAAAGAUGACAUGCGGCUCGUGACGGCCAAAGCCACCAAGCUCACGAGCUCGCUGCUCACCAUUUCGCCGCAGUUUCGCUGCGCGUUCCAAGAGCUCACAACACGAAAGUUCGUCGCCAACGUCAAUGGCGACCCAGUUGUGUGCAAGGACGCAGCGUCGGCGGACUGCCUCUUCCGCGCGUUUACGCUGGCCGACAGCACCGACAUGUGGGGCUUCCGAAGCGAGAGCUCCGGCUUGUUUCUCGGUAUCAACGCGCUCGGCGCGAUGCGCAUCCAAGGCGCGGGGUUGAAAUCCUACGAGCAGUUUGCGAUCGACGUAUCGCGUCCGGAGACGACGCUCUUUAGCUUUGCGAGCUGCUUUGGCUUGGGCGGCUGGGUCAGCAUGCGGCCGGACGGGUCCCUCUUCUGCAUUCGCCGCACGAGCACCAAUAAGGAUAUGGCCGCGCUCUUCAAGCUCGUUCGUGUUGAGGGAUAAGUUUUAUCUACC